AUGUCUUCGUCUGCUUCUGCUACAAACGCGACAGCCGCCACCAGCGCCGCUGCCAGUGGUGGUGCCGCUCAAGCUGCUGCUGCCGCAGGUCCAGAGGUCGACGAAGAGAAUCUCACGUACCACAUUGAGAUUUUUGUACUCGCCCUCAUCGCUCUCUUGUUCGUUUGUCGCCUCCCCCGGAUCCUUGCACGAUUUUCUCGUUGGUCAGAAUGGACCCAAGGGCCACUUCCUUCGCAACGUCUCCUUUAUGACCCGUUCCCCUCGCAUCACUCGCAUACCCUUUACACGCAUGCCACCAGCGUCAAGCGUAUCGAUGGUAAGGGAGAGCCAGCAGUCAUGAACUACCCUCCACACGUCAACUCGUGCCCUGCCAUUUUCCGCGGCCUUGCCUCCGAGCUGAGCACACGCAUCUUACCCGGUUACUCCGUUUCUCAAGUCAUUUGUGGUCUGGUCUACCUCUCCGUGUUCAUUUACCCCACUUUGUACAAGUCAAACCCAUUCUCGGAUCCCGUACGAGCAGGUUGGGUGGCGAUUGCGCAACUGCCAUUUAUCUUUGCGUUUGCGUCGAAGAACAAUGUCCUAGGGCCGUUUCUAGGGAUGGGCUAUGAAAAACUCAAUUUCAUGCAUAGAAUUGCGGGCUGGAUCAUGGUGAUUGCGGUCAAUGUCCACAGCAUGGGUUACAUCUACAAAUGGGUCAUCGCAGGGGACUUCCAAGAAUCUAUCGCGGAGCCUGCCAACUACUGGGGCCUUAUUGGGUUCAUCUGCUGCGAUAUCAUUUUCUUCUUCUCCACUGACUUCUGGAGGGCGAAGGCGUACAAUGUGUUCUUGGGGACACACACUGGAGGAUUCACUUUGCUACUCAUUGCUUCCUGGAUGCACAAAGACGCCAAUAAGCCCUACGUCUUGGCCGCUGUGGGAUUGUACUCGUUUGAUUUCCUGCUACGCUGUAUCAAAACGCGCAUUCAGACCGCCAUUGUCCGUCCCAUCCCCGAGCUUGGCCUCACGCGACUCGAGAUCCCGGGUAUCAACGCCGGAUGGCGUGCAGGUCAACACGUCCGGCUGCGCGUGAUGUCGUCAGGUAUGGGUAUCUUGGGAUGUGUGGAAGUGCAUCCCUUCACUAUCGCCAGUGCAAGCAAUGGUCCCGAGGGAAUGAUCUUGAUGGUCAAGAAAGUUGGUGGAUGGUCGAACAAUCUCUACAAUAUUGCGAAAGUGGGCGGAUAUGUUGAAUCUGGUCGCGGAAGGAACUUGAAGGUCAUGGUCGAGGGUCCUUAUGGUGGUCCGGGACACACUAUUCCAGCAAGCUUUUCGGCCUCAGUGUUCGUAGUUGGUGGUAGCGGUAUCACCUACGCCAUCGCUGGUAUGCAGGAGCUUAUUCAAAAAGACCUCGACGGCGAGAGUCGGGUUAAAGUCAUUGAGUUGAUUUGGGUCGUUCAGGAUCCAGCGUCACUUGUUCCGUUAGUCCCAACAUUCACCUCCAUGAUCCAACAGAGCGUUUUCACCCCCGUCAGGAUAUCGGUCUUCUACACGCGUGCGGUCAUCGGCAAGUUCCCCUUCCGCAAGGAUUUCUUCUUCCCUGGCUUGUCUUUGAGCCCUGGUAGGCCGAAGCUCGCCACCAUGUUCGAGGGGGCGAUUUCAAAAACCGUUCAGCUCGGUGCCGGUGUGAAAGAUGAGCAAGGACACUCAGGGAUGUUGGUAUCUGUUUGUGGUCCGACUUCGCUGGCAGACGAUGUUGCCAAAGAAGUUGGAAAGAUCGACCCUUUGAGGAGAGAUCAAGUUGGUGGUGUAGAAAUCCAUGAGGAGUGA